AUGGCCGAGUAUUCGGGCAUGAACAACGUGGACCCCCAACGGUUCAAAGAGAACGUCGAAGAAGGAUCGCGACUGCUCGAGACGAGGGGUUACGUUCUCCGCGGGGAAGAAUCAACCCUAACGUACCGUGCAGCGAGAGACGCAUGGAAAAUGUCCGAUCACUUCGUCCUAAGUGAGGACGAUGUACUCCACUAUGUGGGAACGAGGCUUGUGAAGAGUGACCAGCAGGAAGAAGACGCAAUGCUGCGUCUAGUGGUACCCUCAACGAUGAUUCAAGAGGGACUGCAGAACUGCCACGACUCGUUAGAAGGAGACCAUCAAGGCAUCGACCAGACUUUCUACAGAUUGAAGUUGGAUUAUUACUGGAUCGGUCUAUAUGCGGACGUAGCGAGGCACGUGCGGUCCUGCCCCGACUGUAGCUCAAGCAAAAGUCGACCAAAGAUCCGUGGAUACUCUCCGGGGAACAUACUAGCGGAACGACCGUUUCAGGUCGUUUCGAUGGAUUUUGUGAUACCCCUACCGAAGUCUCGGCGAGGCAAUACGGCGCUCUUACUAUUCCAAUGCGCAUUCACGGGAUAUGUGAUGGGCAAGGCUAUGGCAGACACGACUGCUCUGAGAGUAGCUCAAGCGUUUGAAAAAUGCGUGUACCGGAGGUUCGGUGCACCUUCUCUCAUCAGACAUGAUAGGGACUCUCGAUUCAUGAGCGAGGUGUUCCAGUCGUUCACCGAAAUGAUGCAAUCGCGGUCUAGGGCAACGUUGAGUUACCGGCCCAGGCCAAUGGCCAGCCGGAACGCUUGGUCAAAACUGUCAUGCAAU